CCAGCAGUGUCAUGAGAUAUGCCUGACUAUUGCCUCCCGUUGCUCAUCUCGAAUGCCAGCAUUUACGCCACUGGACUGCUUUUCGCUUUGAUGACGCCAGCAAAUUUUUUUAGGUGCAGUGAUUUUUGGGCCUGGAAAUUUUUGUUGGCGAAAUCGAUUCAAACGCAAAACAACCAUGGCAGCAUCAAUGUGGAAUAGCGUUCGCGCCUUGACACGAUCGGCUGCGCAAAACACCUUUACACACCCAUCAGCAUUACCUUCCCGAUUCUUCUCUUCUCAAGCAUGCCGAUUGAGUGAAGUGUCACCCAUUGAAGCAGCAGCCGCCGAGUUGGCAGCUGGCGAACUGGACCAAGCCGCUGAACAGGAAUUCACUCGCCAGAAUCCUAUUGUCUCACAACUGGUCAACACCAUCAUGCGCGACGGCAAAAAGGCUCGUGCUCAACGCCUUGUAUCCGAUGCAUUGGCUGAUAUUCGAGUCAAGACCAACACAGACCCUUUAUUGGUGUUGACAGAAGCCAUUGAAUCAGCUUCGCCCAUGUUGAAACUCACAUCAGCCAAGAAAGGUUCCAAGGUGGUUCACGUUCCUACUGCACUUCGAGAGCGACAAAGACGACGAAAGGCUAUUGUUUGGAUUUUGGAAGGUGCCGCGAAACGUCCCGAAAAAACCUUUGAAGCUAGACUCAGUGGUGAACUUUUGUCGGUCAUCAAUGGUGCCAGCUCAGCUCUGACCAAGAAGAACUCUCUUCACAAAAUGGCCUUGGCCAACCGUGCUAAUGCUCAGGUGUCCUACAACAUGCGAUAGUUUGUUUAUUCCCGAGUCAUGGGAGACUGAGAGAACAAGACACCAUUCAAUUCCGAAAACACACUAACGUCUUCUAUCUGAUUGAUCCCGAAGCUAAUGUACAGUACAAUUUGAUGUGGAUUUUUUAUUAAAAGCAAAUUAUAAAAUAAAAGCACAAUAGAAUUAUUUUUUUCCUUAGACCCGCAAUCACGCCCUUAGCAUGCCCCCUUCAUAUCAGCUUUUUAAUAUGUAUACUUUAGUAUGGUGUGUGCAAUUAAUGUUGGCC